AUGAUUGCUCAAGAGCUUGCAGAUGACAACAGCGGCGGGGAGACUGGUGAAGGCGACAUUGGUGACGAGGGCACUGGUGACGGGGACACUGGUGACGCAAUGAAGAAGAAAAAGAAGAAACCUAAGAAGCUCAUCAUUGAUGUCACAACGCACUGGAACAGCACUCUGGAUAUGCUGGAAAGGUACCUGGAACUAAGAGAAGCCAUUGCACUCACUCUCCUCACUGACUCAAUCCAAAAAAAUGCUGGCAAUCUGGAUACACUGAGUAACUCAGACCUACAAGAUGUAACUGACAUGGUGGAGCUUCUGAAACCCCUGAAAAAGGCAACCACUGUGAUGAUGGAUGAAAAAAAACCCACUGUCUCUCUCACUUCGCCCUUAAAGCAUGGGAUUGAAAUUAAGAUGCAACCCAGUGAAGAAGAUACAUCCACAGUGGCCAGAAUGAAGAGAGACAUCCUCACAAACCUGUCCAGCAGGUACACAGAGGAGUUGGAGUACCUAGUGGAGUACACCGCUUUAGACACCAGAUUCCUCAACCUGCCUCAUCUGGAUGAAGUACAUCGCCGGGAUGUUUUCCGCAGGCUGAAGGAGAAAGCUUUGCAGUUUAACCAGGUAUUUAUUUACUCAUAUAAUAAUCUCUAUUUCUAA